AUGGAGGAGAAGGCUGCGAGGAAGAGGAAGAUGUCCCGGGACCACCAGGUAAGUGAGGAGGUAAGGAUGGAGACCAGCAAGGACAAAUCUCCACAGCAGAACCUUGUGGAAGAGGCAGAUUUGAGUGGCUCCAUGGCACAGGAAUCCAUUGGGGAAGAAAUUUCCCUGAGAUCCUGUAGGAGGAGGGGCUCCAAACCCAGCCCUGGGUGCUCUGAGGAGGAAAGACCCACCCUGUGCCAGGAAGGUGGACAGAGCUUCAGCCAGAGCUCAGAGCUGGUGGUCCAUAAGCAGAUUGAUGAUGGGGAGAAGCCCUACAAGUGCUUGGAGUGUGGGAAGAGCUUCAGGCGGAGCAGCACCUUGAUCUGCCACCAGAUGAUCCACACCGGGGAAUGGCCCUACGAGUGUGGGGAGUGUGGGAAGGGCUUCAGCUACAGAUCCACCCUCGUGACCCACCAAUGCAUCCACACUGGGGAGAGGCUCUAUGAAUGCCUUGAGUGUCAAAAGAGAUUUCAGACCCGCUCCACUCUUCUCAGGCACCAGAGGAUUCACACCGAUGAGAGGCCCUUCCUCUGCCCUGACUGCGGGAAGGGCUUCAAGCGCAAUUCCCCCCUCAUCCCCCCCCAGCGCAUCCACACUGGGGAGAGGCUCUAUGAAUGCCUUGAGUGUCAGCAGAGAUUUCAGACCCGCUCCCCUCUUCUCAGGCACCAGAGGAUUCACCCCGAUGAGAGGCCCUUCCUCUGCCCUGACUGCGGGAAGGGCUUCAAGCGCAAUUCCCCCCUCAUCCCCCCCCAGCGCAUCCACACUGGGGAGAGACCCUACGAGUGUCCGCGGUGUGGCAAGAGCUUCACUCAGAGCUCUGACUUGACCAGACACCAAUGGAGUCACUGA